AUGCUGCUGCCCCAGACUCGGGCACGGAUGCCCGCGGCUCUUCGGAGCCUGUCCCGGUCAAGCGCGACAAACGAUGAUAAGGCCCUCAACAAGGUCUCGCGGCAUAUCACCCAGCCCAAGUCCCAGGGUGCCUCCCAGGCCAUGCUGUACGCGGUCGGUCUCACGGAGGAGGAUAUGAACAAGGCACAGGUGGGGAUCUCAUCGGUGUGGUUCAAUGGAAAUCCGUGCAACAUGCACUUGCUCGACUUGAACAACCGGGUGCGCGAGGGUGUGCAGAAGUCCGGCUUGGUCGGCUUCCAGUUCAACACCGUGGGUGUCAGUGACGCGAUCAGUAUGGGCACCAAGGGCAUGCGCUUCUCGCUUCAGAGCCGAGACCUGAUUGCCGACUCCAUUGAGACGGUGAUGGGUGGCCAGUGGUACGACGCCAACAUCAGCAUCCCUGGCUGCGACAAGAACAUGCCAGGUGUGCUGAUGGCUAUGGGCCGCGUCAAUCGCCCCAGUCUGAUGGUCUACGGUGGCACUAUCAAGCCCGGGUGUGCUGCUACCCAGAACAAUGCCGAUAUUGAUAUCGUCUCGGCCUUCCAGGCAUACGGCCAAUUCAUCACUGGCGAGGUCUCCGAGCCCCAACGUUUUGACGUCAUCCGCCAUGCCUGCCCCGGCGAAGGCGCCUGUGGUGGCAUGUACACGGCCAACACCAUGGCGUCGGCUAUCGAGACUAUGGGUAUGACUCUCCCUGGAUCGUCUUCCAACCCGGCCGACUCCCAGGCCAAGUACCUGGAGUGUCUGGCGGCUGGUGGAGCGAUCAAGAAGUUGCUGGCCGAGGACAUCCGCCCGCGCGAUAUCCUGACUCGUCAAGCCUUCGAGAACGCGAUGGUCGUUGUCAACAUCACCGGUGGCUCCACCAACGCUGUGCUGCACUUGAUUGCUAUUGCCGACUCCGUGGGCAUCAAACUUACCAUCGACGACUUCCAGGCCGUCUCGGACCGCAUCCCCUUCCUCGCCGACCUGAAGCCCUCUGGCAAGUAUGUCAUGGCUGAUCUGUUCCACAUUGGUGGCACACCGGCGCUGCUCAAGUUUUUGCUCAGGGAGGGCCUGAUUGACGGCUCCGGUAUGACCGUCACCGGUGAGACGAUGGCAAAGAACCUGGAGAAGUAUCCCGAUUUCCCCGAGGAUCAGAAGAUCAUCCGCCCGCUGUCCAACCCGAUCAAGAAGACUGGUCACAUCCAGAUUCUGCGUGGCUCGCUGGCCCCGGGUGGCAGUGUUGGCAAGAUCACUGGUAAGGAGGGUAUGGCGUUCACGGGCAAAGCCCGCGUCUUCGAUGAUGAGGAUGACUUCAUCGCUGCGCUGGAACGCAACGAGAUCAAGAAGGAGGAGAAGACUGUGGUGGUCAUUCGCUACACUGGUCCCAAGGGCGCUCCCGGCAUGCCUGGUAUGUGCUGUCUUGCCAUCACCUGA